AUGGCGGCGUCUUACAGACUGGGUACAGUGAAUGCAUGUGGUCCCAACUUCAACCCUGAGAAUGCUGCCAAUGCCUUCCACAAAGCUAUGAAGGGGUUCGGCACCGAUGAGAAAGCUAUCAUCAAACUCCUGUCAGGCCAUUGUAACGGCGAACGUCAAGAAAUCAAACGCAUAUUCAAGGGCAUGUUUGGGAAGGAUCUGGAAGAAGAGCUGAAGGGAGAAUUGAGUGGUCACUUCUUAGAUCUGUGUCUGUACCUAUUGAUGCCUGCGCACCACUUUGAUGCCUGGUGUCUUCACAAGGCCAUGAAGGGCAUAGGAACCAAAGAGAUUCGCCUCAUCGAAAUUUUAAGUACGAAGUCCAACUCCGAGAUACAGCGUAUAAAAACAGACUACAAAAAACUUUUUGGACAGGAGCUGGAGAGUGCUGUAGUGUCGGAGACCAGCGGCGAUUUCCGCCAUAUCCUCGUGUCCCUGGUCCAGGGAAACAGGAAUGAAGAGCAAUACAUUGAUAGCAAUAUAGUCAGACAAGAUGUCAAGGACCUGUACAACGCUGGAGAAAGAAUUCUGGGAACAGAUGAGUCUGUAUUUAACAAGGUGUUGGCACUGAGGGGUACUGGUCACCUCCAGGAGGUAUUCAAGUUGUACCGUGAGGAGCACCAGCGAGACAUUGAGGCAGUCAUUUCCUCAGAGACCAGUGGGGACACCAAGGAAGCCUAUCUAGCCAUCGUUAAAUUUAUCAAGGAUCCUCCAAGAUACUUUGCAGAAUGUCUGUACAAAUGUAUGGAGGGGGUGGGAACCAAGGACGAUCGACUGAUGCAGUUAGUGGUGGAUCGUAGUGAGAUUGACCUGAAGGACAUUGGAGACAAGUAUAUGGAGAUGUACAAGACGGCUUUGCCGACUGCUGUAGCAGAUGACACCAGUGGAGACUACCGCAACUUGUUAGUGAGCUUAACAAAUCCAAAGUAG